UCUCUCUUUAUACAUAUAUAUAGCUUUUGCAUGAGCAUAGUAUAUACAUAUAUACCCCAUUUUUUGGAAGGAAAACUUCUAUUUGUGUAUUGAAAUUAAUUAAUAUGCAACAUCAAGCUGCAUCUAUGAAGAGAAACCUCUUCAACCAGGACUAUCUAGAUGAACAAUUUAAUGAGCUCGAAGAACUACAAGAUGAUGAUAACCCUAACUUCGUGGAGGAAGUUGUUAACCUAUUUUUCACGGAUUCAAUUAGAUUGAUUCGUAAUGUUGAUCUUGCUCUGGCAAAUGAACCUUACGAUUUUGGUAGACUGGAUGAUUUGAUGCACCAAUUCAAGGGUAGCAGCUCAAGCAUUGGUGCCAAAAGAGUGAAAAGAGAGUGCUCUCAAUUCCAGGAGUAUUGCAAUGAGAGAAAUAUCGAUGGGUGCAAGAGGGCAUUCCAAGGGGUGAAACAAGAAUAUGCUACUCUUAAAACUAAACUUGAUGCUUAUUUUCAGGCAGCAAGAGAAGCCUCUUGAAUGAAUCCUGGUCAGGGUUUACAAAUAAGUUCCAUGUCUUGCAUCAAGUAUCUGUAAAAUAGUAAAUUAUAUACAUGUUAUAUAUAAUCAAAUAAAAUUAUGCAGUACAUUUUAAAAAAAAUGUUGGGGCAUUGUGUGAUUAUAAAUAUUUACUUGCUGUU